GAAGAUGGCAGCGCUCCUCUAGGCUACUUGUAGAAUUCUAGAGUUUAUCGGCUUGCAGCAGCAAUGAGAGAUGGCGGUUCUGCCUUUCUUCUCCUUUUAUUGUCUUCUGGUCUUGUUUCAACUAAAGUUGACAGAACAAGUACAGCUUUCCAGUGAUUCACAAGGUCAAGAAACAAAUGGUAAGUUUCAAAGCAUUGUUGGCUCUCACCAUGCUAAAGAUAAAAAUGCUACCGCAGCUCAAAAAUCCAAAGGACGAAUAGAGGCCUCAAUUGUACCUAUCAUAAAUACGAAUUCUACCAGUCAUAAAAACGGCCACGCAUCAUCUGGACAAGUAAAAGCGGAAGUAAGAAUAUUAAUGCCAGAGCUGACAAAAUCCCGAGAUCCACAUGCAGAUGGUUUAAUCCGGGCCUCCUCUAUCGUAAUGGAUUAUGAUGAAGAUACGAGAAAAUAUCUCACGUCUAGAGGUAGCUCACCGAAAAAAGAAUUAUUCCAUCAUCUGCGCCAUGGUUCUCAUAAGCAUAACUUAGAUCAGAAUCACACUGCUUCUCGUGAUUUUGGCGCCGCAAGUGAUGCUCCAUUGAAAGAAAACAAUUCGCGUUCUGCCAUCCAGGGUAUUUCUGAAAUGCCGAACCAGAAAAUGAAGGGAAGGAUUCGUGUACCAAUGAGGGCUUUAGUAUUUGGGCGAGACGCACUAAGUUUUGCACCUCAAAGAGUUCGUGGACCCAGUACGUUAAGACUUGGUGAAAAUGACUCAUGGGUUACUUUUCAUUCACCUGAAAAAAUAUUUAUACCUGUGAGAACAAAUAAUGCACUUGAUUGCAUUCAGUGUCCAACGAACAUUUCUGUUCAAGUACCUCCAAGGCAGACAAUGGCAAAAAUUCCUGUUCCGCCAGUUUCUAUUUGCUCCGAUUUAGCACGCAGUAAAGGCAGAUUGAAUAUUGCUGUUGUUUCUGGGCCUCGUCCUGGAAGUGAACUAAAUGAAGGUACUUAUCCUGUGCAUCUCAUUGUUUGGAAAAAGGAGGGACAAAUUUAUUCUUGCCAUUAUUCAAUAGCUGUUGUUGUUGGAAGGUGUAAAGAGGUUCCUGCUCAAAAUGGCAUCGCUGUUAGUUGUUCCCAUGGCAAUAUUUUGGGCAGUGUAUGUUCAUUCUCAUGCUCUCCGAAUAACAUUCUGGAAGGCUCCAGUUCAAUUACUUGUGAAGAAAUAUCUGGAAAAGUUUCAUGGUCUUCUCAUUUUCCAACCUGCAAAGCGGCUCAUCAAAAGCUUACUUCUAAGACUCAACUGCCUUGUACAAAGCUUAAAAACCCAUUUAAAGGAACAGUUGUUUGCAGUGCUAAUAAUGAAGCUGUCUACCCAGAUGGAAGUGUGUGUCAAUAUUUUUGCUAUCCAGGAUAUAAAAUUGAUAAGCUCUCUUCUAGUAGCAUUUUAGUUGUUUGCAAAAAUGGUCAGUGGACACCCAAUAGAAACAUUACAUGCAUAGCUACCUUUUGUUCUCCUCCUAAAUUGCCAGAACAUGGAUCAGUUAACUGUGAUAAAAGCAAAGAAAUUGCUUUAAAAUCUUAUAAUGAUGGAACAAAGUGUACAUUUCAUUGUGAUGAAGGUUAUACCAUUCCUAUGUCUCAGCGAAAUCUGCAAGACAUUGUUUGCCAGGCUCCAUAUUGGAAAGGCUUGUCCAUCCCGGACUGUAAGCGAAUUGAUCCUCCUUACCCAUAUCAAAACACUUGCAAGGACCAGAUUUUGAUUGCUAACAGAAAAGGCAUUAUCAAGCUGAAGGUUCCCAAUUUUAUUCCUUCCGAUGAUUCUACUAUUAGGCAUAAAAUACCGGCCAAUUGCACAUACCAAGGAAAAGUGGGAGUAGGUACUUACAUUAACCAUUGUACUGCACAUGACAAAGAGCUUAAUUCUACUGGCCAUUGUACUUAUUCCAUCACUGUAAAAGAAAAUACUUGUUUUCCUCCACCAGUUAUUUCACAUGCAUCAGUGGAAUGUAAUAAUUUGGAUAGUAAACUGUAUCCUAAAAAAACUGUUUGCAAGUAUAUUUGUGAGGAUGGUUAUGUUAUGCCUGUUAGACUAAAGAAAUUCAAGUCCAAAAUAUGCACAUCAAAAUUGCAGUGGAAGCCAUUAUCAGUGCCAUCGUGUAAAAAUGCCAUUCCACCUAAGCCAAGGAAAAACAAUUGCAUUUCUCAAGUUUUGUAUUUGGACAAUAAUAAAUCAUCUAUCCGGAUUAAGCGUCCUAAAUUCAAGUCUUCAAUUAAGGGAAGCAAAGUGAGAGUUAAAUGCAGUUUAAGUGAACUUUCAAUUGUUGGUAACUAUACAAAUGUGUGCGAAGCUGUGGAUACCCAACUACAAUUAACAUCAACUUGUUCUUACGAUAUAACUAUUUUAGAAAAAAGAUGUCCAGUUUUGCCAGAAAUAUCAAAUGGGCAAUGUAAUUGCACCUUUAUUAAACAUCAAGACAGUAGUUAUUUUCCUGGUACUAUAUGCUAUUAUACUUGUUUUGAUGGUUAUGUGAUUUCUACCAGCUCCAUACCUUAUUCUUUUAAAUACUGUGGAAGUCGAGGUUUGUGGAAUAGUACAGUUAUUCCGACCUGUGUGUUACAAUCUGUCCCAGUCUCAGAGUCUUGCCUUGACAAAUCUGUUACAGUUGAUAACUUGAUAAAUUUCACAAUACCCAUUCCUGAUUUCAAGUCUUCUACUGGAGCUAAUCUUGAAGUAAAAUGUGAACCUUCAAGCAUAGAGAAUUAUUCAUCUCACACAGUCAAUUGUAGUGCCUUCGAUCCAGAAUUAAGAACCUUAGGAAUUUGUAGCUACUUAUUAGAUGUGCGGCAAACAGUGGAUGUUGCCGAAUUUCAGCAAGCUGAAAGUGCUUGUUUGCCAUUGAGUUCUACUCAAAAUGGAAAAAUACAUUGCAAUAACACCAAUUCAAAACUUAUUGUUCCUGAUACUUUAUGUGAAGUAAUAUGUGAUGAAGGUUUCAUAAUACCGAAAGUGGAACAAAAUACAUCAUUUGCAAUUUGUGAUUCUGAAGGAAGUUGGAAUAUUUCAUUUUUUCCAGAUUGUGUUCAAGGUAAUUCUCUGAAAUUGAUAUCUGGUUGUGAUUCCAAGACAAUUGAAAUUGAUGACUCUCCUCUAGUUAAAGUAACUCUACCUGAAUUUGAAGGCUACAAUAAUAUUUCUGCCAAUGUUGAAUGUUUUCCAGAAAAAUUGAAUGAAUAUAAAAAAUAUGAAAUUACAUGUUCGGCUGAAGAUAUCAUCCUUGGUACAACAGCUAUGUGUGCAUUUUUUAUUACUUUAGAAAAACCUUUAAUUCUUGACCAAUUGAGUAAUGCCAAUGAUUCGUCAGAAACUACAAAUAAUGCAUCAAAAAGUGAAAAAUUUAUAGAGUGCAGGCCUCUCUCUUCUCCAUCAAAUGGAAUUCUUGAAUGCAUUGAAGAAACUCCCCUUCGUAGUUGCUCUUUCAAAUGCAUAGAUGGAUAUGAUUUUCAGUCGAGUUUUAAAAAUGUCAUCAAAACGAACGGACUUGAAUGUGAUGGAAAUGAUGGAUUGUGGAAUUACCAACGGUUAUAUAAUACUAGUCAACUACCCGAUUGUUUAGCUCUUUUGCCUAACACUACUGUGAAGGUAUCUCUGUAUUUUGAUGCGUUUGUGGAACAUUGUACCACAUCAGAUGAAGCUGAUUACCUGAAACUAAUGAAAGAUGUCUUAUUACCUUUGAAUGAUGAUGUCUGUGAUGAAAUUGAUUGCUAUAAUCUCAAAAUAAGCUGUGAGUCUGAUGGGAAUAAAAUUAUACUUGCAGUUAAUUGGACACUUCAGACUGCAUAUGAUCCUUCUAAAUAUGAUGAUUCCAUUGAGGUACCUGAUUUUGAGAAUAACUUUGAAACUGUUCUUGAUACUGCUCGAAAAACUAUAAAGCAUGAAGACUGGUUUAAAGAAAAAUUAUUAGACAAUGGUAUCCAACUCAAUCAGAAUUCAUAUCGUAAAGAUAAUAUUGACCUUGCAUGCGAAGAAGAUGGUUAUGGUGUAGAUCAUUUAAACAACAAAUGUCUUGCUUGUCCUAGUGGUACUAAGGAGGAAAAUGAUGUGUGCAUAGAAUGUCCUCCAAACUUCUAUCAGUUGCAGACCCAACAGACUCUUUGUCUUAGUUGUCCAAAUGAUACAGCCAUUUUCUCUGAAAAUGUGCCUAACACAUGCCUUAGCUUCUAACAUAUGUUUUUGUUUCUGUACAAAAAAAGAAGAAAAAUUUAUUGUUCUUAUGUGACAUCAAAAUCUUGAUAGAUGCACAGUUCAAGGAUUCUGUUAUGGUCUGACAUUUUUAUGAAUAUCAAUUUGAUUUACAAUGUUCAUUUAAUUGCGUUCUUUCUGGAAAAAUUAAAAAUACUUCGUUAUUGUAUUUUGAUUGUUUUACUAAAAGAAAAUUUUACAAAUUAUUAUGAAAUUUCUAUUUUGAAAUUAAUUUUUAUAUAGUUUUAUAAUAUUAGCUGUGCUUUUUUAUCUGGAGAUAAUAGAAAUUUUUCACAUUUAUGAUUUAAAUGUUAUAUACCUGUAUUUCUGCUAAAACUUUAAAAAUUGUUUACUAAAUCUUUAGACAUGAUAAAAGGAUUAAUUUACUUUUUGUUGUUAUACAUUACUAUCUCAAUACCAUUUAAUGAAAGUUAACAUUUAUCUAAAAGACCAAUUCCACACAAUCUUUGAAUCAUAAUUGAGGGUGAUGAAAUUUAAAAAGAAUAUCAAUCUUUGUAUUAAAUGAUAUGUUCAUGUAAUUUUAUUGAAAAAAAAUGUAAAAUUAAAAUAAAAAAAUUCUUUUUGUUGAUAUUUUAUGCAUUACGAAUUUCACGAGUUUUAAUUUAUAUUGCAGUUAAUAUUUUAAACUGUAUUUUAUGCAGUAAAAAUUUGGAACUUACAGUUUAUUAAAAACUGGCAUUUUUAAUUUGAAUAAAACAAAAUUACUUUAAUUUAAAAUUAAUUCUUUUUUUUAAACUAAAAUGUCUUUCAAGUUUAUGAAAAAAUAUAUUGCAGAUAGAGAAUAUAAAAAAGUCUUGCUAAAGCUGCAUUUUUCUUUUAAAAUAUGCAAAUUUAUCUAAAAUGUAUACUAAAAUUCUUUUCUCCUGUUUCUUUUGUUUUUUGUUGUUUUAAAGAUUAA